CCUGGUCUUUGUGGGCAUUUCUCAAGGUCUGUGAUCAGAUGCUGGGUAGCCCACUGCUCCAGAAGUCUACACAUGCACUCACUGUGACGAGGGUGGCUGCCACUUGAUAGAGACGAAGACCUCAUCACCGCAAGGUGAGGCUAAGAUGAGCAUUACCAGCGACGAGGUGAACUUUCUGGUAUAUCGCUACCUCCAGGAAUCAGGUUUUUCCCACUCUGCCUUCACGUUUGGGAUCGAAAGCCACAUAAGCCAGUCCAAUAUCAAUGGGACACUAGUGCCACCGGCUGCCCUGAUCUCCAUUCUUCAGAAGGGACUGCAGUAUGUGGAGGCAGAGAUCAGCAUCAACGAGGAUGGCACGGUAUUUGAUGGGCGUCCUAUUGAGUCCCUAUCGUUAAUUGAUGCUGUGAUGCCCGAUGUGGUCCAGACAAGACAGCAAGCCUUUCGGGAGAAGCUUGCCCAGCAGCAAGCCAAUGCAGCAGCUGCGGCGGCGGCUGCAGCCACAGCCACAACCACAGCAGCUACAACACCAGCAGCUGCUGCUCAGCAAAACCCACCAAAGAAUGGAGAAGCCACCGUGAAUGGGGAAGAGAAUGGAGCCCAUGCAAUAAAUAAUCAUUCAAAACCAAUGGAAAUAGAUGGAGACGUUGAAAUUCCAUCAAGUAAAGCCACAGUCCUUCGAGGCCAUGAGUCGGAAGUGUUCAUUUGUGCCUGGAAUCCUGUUAGUGAUCUACUUGCUUCUGGAUCUGGAGACUCCACUGCAAGGAUAUGGAACCUUAAUGAGAACAGCAACGGGGGCUCCACACAGCUUGUGCUGAGGCACUGUAUACGUGAAGGGGGACACGACGUUCCCAGUAAUAAAGAUGUCACGUCAUUGGACUGGAAUAGCGAUGGGACACUACUGGCAACAGGUUCCUAUGAUGGUUUUGCAAGAAUAUGGACAGAAGAUGGUAACCUAGCCAGCACCUUAGGUCAACAUAAAGGCCCCAUCUUUGCCUUGAAGUGGAACAAAAAGGGGAAUUAUAUUUUGAGUGCUGGUGUAGACAAGACAACAAUAAUUUGGGAUGCCCAUACAGGAGAAGCCAAACAACAGUUUCCUUUUCAUUCAGCACCUGCCCUUGAUGUGGACUGGCAGAACAACACUACCUUUGCCUCAUGUAGCACAGACAUGUGCAUUCAUGUAUGCAGGCUUGGCUGUGAUCGCCCAGUCAAAACCUUCCAAGGACAUACUAAUGAGGUCAAUGCUAUCAAAUGGGAUCCUUCUGGAAUGUUGCUAGCCUCCUGCUCUGAUGACAUGACAUUAAAGAUCUGGAGUAUGAAGCAGGAUGCAUGUGUCCAUGACCUCCAAGCUCACAGCAAAGAGAUAUAUACCAUCAAGUGGAGUCCCACAGGACCAGCCACCAGCAACCCGAACUCCAACAUCAUGUUAGCAAGUGCUUCAUUUGAUUCUACGGUUCGACUGUGGGAUGUGGAGCGAGGUGUUUGCAUCCACACACUGACCAAGCAUCAGGAGCCUGUCUAUAGUGUAGCAUUCAGCCCUGAUGGGAAAUAUUUGGCCAGUGGAUCCUUUGACAAGUGUGUCCAUAUCUGGAAUACUCAGAGUGGAAGUCUCGUUCACAGCUACCGAGGCACAGGUGGCAUAUUUGAGGUGUGCUGGAAUGCUCGAGGAGACAAAGUGGGUGCCAGUGCAUCUGAUGGCUCUGUCUGUGUCUUAGAUCUCCGAAAGUAAACACAAAAUGUAGAAACAAAACCAUUCUAAUGGACCAGCAGUGAAUGUGUGGGAUUGCAGCAUCCUUCCUAUGAUGGGCUCCAAACUGUGUG